AAACCAUGUGGCUGGAGGCGCGAGCUGGGGUGUGGGCGAGGUUCAGGAGGGGGUUCCUGGGUGUCGCGGAGGGGCCGGGGGCCUGAGAGCUUUGUCUGUGGCCUUCCAUGCAUAGGUGUUUUGGAAUUCUGGAUCCCAGUUCUGAGGCUCAGCCGAGGGUUCUGUUGGGAGCCAGCCAUUGAAGGUGCUGGAGCAGAGAGAUAUGGAAUUGGAGCUGAUGCCUAUGAUCAAAGAUCUGGACCCUUGUGUAGCUGUUCCUUGAAGCAGGAGGUGAAGACCUAUUAAAAUGCCAUUUCAAGAACUACGAUUUUAAAGACAGUUUAGGUGGGAGGUUUUCGUAACACCCCAGGGCCUGUAAGAUUUGGUGUUUCCCUUUCAAGAUGCCACUUUCAGACUUUAUUCUGGCCCUGAAGGACAAUCCCUACUUUGGGGCUGGAUUUGGGCUGGUGGGUGUGGGCACAGCCCUGGCCCUGGCCCGGAAGGGUGCCCAACUGGGCCUGGUGGCAUUCCGGCGCCAUUACAUGAUCACACUGGAAGUCCCUGCUCGAGACAGGAGCUAUGCCUGGUUGCUUAGCUGGCUUACCCGCCACAGUACCCGUACUCAGCACCUCAGUGUCGAGACUUCAUACCUUCAGCAUGAGAGCGGCCGCAUUUCCACUAAGUUUGAAUUUGUCCCCAGCCCUGGAAACCACUUUAUCUGGUAUCGGGGGAAAUGGAUCCGGGUAGAACGAAGUCGAGAGAUGCAGAUGAUAGACUUGCAGACGGGGACUCCUUGGGAAUCUGUCACCUUCACAGCCCUGGGCACUGACCGAAAGGUUUUCUUCAACAUCCUGGAGGAAGCUCGAGAGCUAGCCUUGCAGCAGGAGGAAGGGAAGACCGUGAUGUACACAGCUGUGGGCUCUGAAUGGCGUCCCUUUGGCUAUCCACGCCGCCGGCGACCACUGAAUUCUGUGGUUCUACAACAGGGUCUGGCUGACCGAAUUGUCAGAGACGUCCAGGAAUUCAUCGAUAACCCCAAGUGGUACACUGACAGAGGCAUUCCUUACAGACGUGGCUACCUGCUUUAUGGGCCCCCUGGUUGCGGAAAGAGCAGUUUUAUCACAGCCCUGGCUGGGGAACUGGAGCACAGCAUCUGCCUGCUGAGCCUCACGGACUCCAGCCUCUCUGAUGACCGACUCAACCACCUGCUGAGCGUGGCCCCGCAGCAGAGCCUGGUACUCCUGGAGGAUGUGGAUGCUGCUUUUCUCAGUCGAGACUUGGCUGUGGAGAACCCAGUAAAGUACCAAGGCCUAGGUCGCCUCACCUUCAGUGGACUGCUCAAUGCCUUGGAUGGUGUGGCUUCCACUGAGGCCCGCAUCGUGUUCAUGACCACCAACCAUGUUGACAGGCUGGACCCCGCCCUGAUACGCCCGGGGCGAGUGGACCUGAAGGAGUACGUGGGCUACUGCUCACACUGGCAGCUGACCCAGAUGUUCCAGAGGUUCUAUCCAGGGCAGGCACCUUCCUUAGCUGAGGACUUUGCAGAACAUGUCCUUCGAGCUACAAACCAGAUCAGUCCUGCCCAGGUGCAGGGCUACUUCAUGCUGUAUAAAAAUGACCCUGUAGGAGCAAUUCACAAUGCUGAGUCUCUGAGGAGAUGAUCAGGCUGGGCUCAGCUCAGCUCUCCUCCUCUAGUUCAAUAAACAUCUGCCACACUA